CACCUCAACAGAAACAAUCAGUAUGAUCGCUAAGGUGACCCUGGUGGUGGUGUUGGUGGGGGUGGCUCUCGCCGCCCAGCGCAACUCAUACGCCGCUCCUCAACAACAGUCCGGGUACAAGCAGGAUGGCAUGCCCUACAACUUCCAGUACGGCGUCAAGGACGACUACUCUGGCAGUGAUUUUGGUCACAACGAGGAAUCUGACGGAAACACUGUCCGGGGCUCCUACACCGUCCAGCUCCCCGACGGCCGCAAACAGGCGGUGACCUACGUGGCUGACCACUACAACGGCUACCAGGCUCAGGUUGAGUACUACGGUGAGGCUCAGUACCCCCACGAGUACGGUCCCCCCGUCACCUUCAAGCCCCAGUCUUAUGGCCAGCCUUCAUACCAGCCCCAACCCUCUUACCAGCCCCAGCCUUCAUACACACCCCAGCCCUCAUACCAGCCCCAGCCCUCAUACCAGCCCCAACCCUCUUACCAGCCCCAGCCUUACACACCCCAGCCCCAUACCAGCCCCAACCCUCUUACCAGCCCCAGCCAUACACACACCUCAGCCUUCAUACACACCUCAGCCUCAUACCAGCCUCAGCCUUACACACCCCAGCCCUCAUACCAGCCUCAUCCUUCAUACACACCCCAACCCCAGCCUUCAUAG